AUGAAUAAGACUUCAAGCAAUAUCCGAGGCUCAUUUAAGUCAAGUGGGAAUUCAUACCUUUAAUAAGAUGAGAGAUUAUCGAAUAGAGUUCAUAGGACGAUUCUUCAUGAAGCAUCCAACGAGAAACCUAAUAAAUCACGUAAUACAUCAAGAGUAAAGGAAUUGACAUUUGUAAGAGAUGAGAAUCCCUAGCAAGAGCAGUACUUGACUUCUUGGCAGAGUUACAGGGAUGAGAUAAGGAAGAAAAUUGGGCAAACUGCUGGUACAAUUUUCAUUGAAGAUCAAAAUGAUGAUAGAUCAUCCAGAACCAAUAAUCUUUAGUCAUCUAGCUUCAAGAAGAACGAAGAACUCAACCGGUAGAAGGCUUAAAACAGCACAAAGUCACUUAAAGACUAAAUGAUAAAUAAUAGACCAUAGAGCUAAAUUGAGAAAAUGAAUGAUUCCAACACAGUGGGUGGCUUGAGUAAAUCAAGAAUUUAGGGAUAUGGAUUUGAUAGUAGUUCAAUAAGAUAAGAUGCUAAUCAAACCCUACUCUCAAACGGUGGGAAUAAUACUACUUUAAUUAAGGGCACUGACAAGAAUAACAGUUCCCACAUAGAAAAUCUCUUUAAGAAGUAUUUAGGAAGUCCAAAACUAAAAAAGGACAAAGUCACAUCACAGAGCAGAGAGAGAAGUUAAAGGAAAAUGAACAAUGGCUUUAAUGUGGCUGAAAGUUACAAUUCUCUAGAACCUAAGAACUUGCUUUAAAACAUCAGAGAAAGUAUAAAUUUUAAGAAUGGGCAAAAGCCAAGAGAGAUUGUGCACUCACCUAGUGCUAAAAUUUUGCCCACUGAUUUCUUUAACAAUACUUUAAGCCAUAACUUGACUUAAAAUGAAAGAGAUAAGAGUAAUAUCAAAGAAUAGCUAAAGGAAAAAUUCAAUAAUAUAACAAUGAGCUCAGAAAGAACUCCUUAGUAACAGACAGCUAUUUCUUCCGGACACAGCAAUAGGUAGAUUAGUGAGACAUCAUAGUUCACCCUUCACUAGCAUUAGAAGUCUUAAAUUAUAAAUAAAUCACCUUUUUAGGGUGUUUAAUAAGCAUAGCAAUAGUAAAGACCAAUCUCGUCGCUAGAAGAUAAACUGAUGAGUUUAAGGAGUUCUAUAUCUCAUGACAACACUCCAGUAAAAAAGCAGAGUUUCCAAAAUACUCUUCAAUCUAAUAUUGGAUUGAAGACAAUGAGAGAUGAGUUGUAGGCUCACAAGACAAUUUCAACUCACAGGGAGAGUACCAAUCAGCCAAGUUUAUUCAAUCAAAACAAAACCGAUAAAAAUAAAUCUAAGUUUUUCAGCGAUGAAAAUGAUUACAGUACCGGUAAGGCACAAUAUACUUAAGGUCUUAGUACUACCGAAGCAUCUCCUUUCAGAUAGAAAAGUCAAAACAUCAUUCACUAAAGCAACUCCACUUAUACGGCUAGCCACACUCACUAAAAUAUUCAGCAAAAGCUUGAUGACCUCUUCCCAUAAAGUGAGAUAAGAAAUCUAGAUCAAUGCCUGAAAAAAAUAAUUCAGUCUAAAAAUUGUGAAUCAAUUUUAACCCAGAUGCCUUUUGGCUACAUCAAAGACCUCUAAAAGUUGAGUUAAACUAUUAAUGAUAUCAUCAAUAUCAAUUAGAUAGACAGCAGCUCAAACAAUAUUGUAAAUCGUAGUUAGUAAUUUGACAGCAAAUUCAACUACUAGACACAAGUAACUUCUUCAGCUGCUUCAACUAAUGGAUUUAAUUAGCUCGGCAGGUCUGACAUUAAAAACAAUUCUAUAUCCAGAAGAAUACUCUGA